GACACAACUAGUUCCAUACAUGCUGAAGAGGAAGACGAGCAAGAAAACAGAAACGCUGCAUUCUUGAGUCACCAGCUUGUAGAGCAGGAGGCUGUAGUACAUCGUAGCACAGCCUCGUCAACAACGCCCGCGUAUUCAUUCCAGCAUUCUAGGGGUAUCGCGAUGGAAGGUAUAGAUUUUGAGGUGGGAAUCCCUGUCCUAAAGUUUGACGAGGAUGGCAUGUACCAUUUGCGCUGUCCCGCGCCUCCUUCGUAUUCAGAUGACGCAGAGGAGGGAACGAUGCCAGCCUACAGGGUGCUCGUGGCGAAUAUGGUGCAAUUUGAUGAUUCGGAUCCGCUGCGCGGGCUUGUCCUACGUUGCGUCAGUAUUAGCACCGCAUUCGACGACACUGCUACAUCCGAUGCUGAUGCUGCCGACGAGACCGCAGCAGUUAAGAUUUAGCACAAGCACAUCUCGGUCAUAAGGAACAUCGCCCUGAUGCUGCCGCAGCUGCAGCUCUAGGGAAAACAACACAGCCUGACUGAGUCAGUAUUAGUUUUGAACAGGAGCUAAAAUAAAUUGCAAAUGAAAUAGUCUUCCUCUUCAUACGUCCAGGUAGAGUUACUUUAUUUUUUCUGAACCACCAGCCACGGCGGAUGGAUGAUUACAAGUUUUUAGAAGGAGGGUAGCUAGGAUUUUAAUUGCGUUUACCUAGUUGAUGUAGUCUAAAACAGACACGGUGCAGGACGAGGAAGAUGCGUUUGACGACAUAGUCGACAGCGAAACCAAUUAUUUUCGAGACAUCACUAGAGGUUUCUUUGUUUUUCGUCAGCUAAAAGAGGAAACUGGCAAUGCGACAACAAGUGGCACUGGAGGAGGUACGCCAACAUCGUCAACUUCUCUCUUAUCAGCGUCUUCAACUACAACUUCACUAACGUCGUCGUCCAUAAGCAGAAGCACAAGA